GUUGCGUCCAGCACCCAGGGUGCCAUCCUCCGACGAGGGGCUGCCCUGCUCAGGAUCCUCCAGGAAACCAUGAGAUCCCUCCCCGGGGAAGACCUGGAAAGUUGCCUGCUGGACAAGGCGGGCCUGAGGUGCCAGCAGAUCUCCCAGAUGGUGCAGGAGGUGCAGAAGGUCGUCCACUGCCUCACCACGGAAAUCAGCCGCCAGGAUGUCCGGUUCCAAGCCGUGCCAUGCUCUGAUGGGUAUAACGAAAACAUCAAGGUCUUAGCGCCCCGGCAGCUGCUGGUCACUGUGCCGGUGAAAGGCCUGGCUGGCUACCGGGAGGCCCGGGCGCAGCGCUGGCGCUACUACUCGCUGCAGGGCGCCCGGCUGCCAUGCCCGCUGCGGGCACCCGAGGGGCUGGCGCAGUGGCUGGAGGUAGAGCAGUUCUCCAAGCCCCUGUGGCAGUGGCACGAGGCGGACGUGAACACCGAGGGCGACGUGGUGCCCGCCAAGGUGCUGCAGGUGUUCCGGAAGCUGGUGGAGAAUGCCCUUGGGGCCUGCCGCCUGGCUGGCACGGCCAGCUUCCUGGGAGACUGCGCCCCAGCCGUCUGGGUGGCAGUGGAGACAGGCUCCGGCCCGGUGGCCGUGGAGCUGGCCCCCGCCGUGGAGGUCCCCAGAGCCUGGCCGGAGAAGUCGCGGUGGCCUCGGUGUCUGCGGCGCUGGCCGCCCCUGGAGACAGUGCAGUGUGUCAAGUCAUUCGGGUUCAGCUUGGUGGCCCUCGGCAGCUACCACUGGCAGCUGAGCUUCCCGCAGGCGGAGCGGGCGCUGCUGGCGCAGAUGGAUGAGGACGGGGGCUGUCGCCGCCUGUGCCUGCGGCUCCUGAAGCAGCUGACGGAGGACGUGUGGUGUCCCGGGCCCAGGCCGGUCAUCACUGCCCAGCACCUGGAGACAGUGCUCUUCUGGACGUGUGAGAAGCACCCUCAGCGGAAGGCCUGGCGGGCGCCGGGCCCCGCCCUCCUACGCCUGGUGAGGAAGCUGCACAAGUGUGCGAGCCAGCGCCUCCUCAGACACUACUUCAUGCCCCAGAGCAACCUCCUGCAGUCCGCCAGCCCUGUGGAGCUGGACUGUGUGGCCAGCAAGCUGGCCUUCUUCCUGAAGAACCCCUGCCUCAGUUUACCCUGAGGCUUCCGCUGCACCCCACCCAACCUGCAGUGCUGUGACUGUGGUGCUGGGGGACCUGUCAGGGAGUGGGCGGUGAGCACUCCCUGCCCCGCCCAGGCCAGCCCCAGCCAGCCUCCCGGCCACUGGGCCUGCGCUGCUGCCGGUCUGACUCUGUUUCCCCAUCUGGUGGAGAGUGGAAGAACCCCACCGCCAACACCACCAUCGCUCUUCUUUACGCAAAGAGGCCCUGAGGCUCCCUAUUCUAAGUAAGCAGGAAGAAGCAAGGGUGGAGGCAUGGCUCACAUGGUAGAGCACCAGCAGCACACAACAGUGAACGAAGCAAACAGAAGGCCAUGAGUUCAAGCCCUGGUGCUGGCAAAAAACCCGAACACCUGAAGCUCCUUACUAUGACCUUGCAUGAAAUGACCUUGGUGCUACUUA